GGGGAAUGCUGGCAGGUAGUUCGGUACAGUAGGUAAGAAAGGAGGACACACAGUGUGACAGUUUAGGGGACGCACCAAGAAAAUAAACAAAUACGCAUUUGUGAGAAAGAGGAAGAAAGACAGAACUGAGUAAUGUCUGUUGAAGGAAAUGAUACAUUGUUUUAAAAAUGAAGAUGGUUUGGAUCUUACUGGCUCUGUUUGUCUCCAAAGGAAGCAGUGUGGAUCAAAAGCAAGAACAGGAAGUGAAAUAUGUUUCUUCAGACGAUGAGUGUAAACCGGGAGACACUCUGUGUGAGGUGCGUGUCUACGAGGUCGAGGUGAUUGUGAUCCCAGUGCUGCUGGUGGCCGGCUUCAUCUUCAUCUUCCUCUUCAUCCUGGUCAUGAGGUUCUGCCCACCAACCUGCCAGCGCCCUCUGGGGGACAAGAAGAAGAGUGCCUUCCCUGGGAUCACAGCCCCCAUCUCACACCCCCCUCGGGAGAAUGAGUACAUCGCCCUGAGCGCUCAGCCUCCAGAGAUCCCCCGAGAGCUCAUCCCACGCGUGCUCGAGCCGCUCCCCGCCCAGCUGCCCCUGCUGUACCCGGGAUUCUCACAGGAGGGCGCCAAUGUCACUCUGCAACGAGGUCUCUUUGCUACCCCCUCCCAGCCAACAGGGAGCAGAGCAGUGAUCGUGAGAGCCCUGAAUGAGUCGGCCAGCCCCGCUGAGGUUCUGGAGUUCCUGGGACGUGCUCGCUUUGAGGUAGAGCUGGGGAAACACCCCCACCUGGUGGAGACCUUGGGGGUGUGCAGCCAGGGAACUCCCCUUCUCAUCAUCACUGAGGAGCUGCGGCACAGGGACCUGCUGGGCUUCCUGUGGAGGUGCAGGAGGGAUGUGCUGCGGAUGGAUCAGGGCGUCCCCUGUGAUCUCACAGAGAAGGGUGUGUUCAGAAUUGCACGAGACGUGGCCAGUGGACUGGAGUAUCUGCAUGGGAAGCGCUAUCUCCAUGGUGAUGUGGCGGCUCGCAGCGUGCUGAUUGGAGAAGGGCUGACAGCGAAGCUGGGUGGAUUGGGCACUGCCUACAGGACCCACAGCAAUGGGGUGGUGCCUGCAGGAGAGGGGGUGUGGUUUAGAAAGUGGCACGCCCCCGAAAGACUGGCCAGGAGACCCACAACUCCCAGCAGUGACGUGUGGUCGUUUGGGAUCAUGCUGUAUGAGAUGGUGACUUUAGGCGAUGCCCCGUUUCCUGAAAUCCCCCCUGAAGAGCUUCUGCAGCAACUGCAGAGGGGCUACACAUUGAAGAGACCUCCCAACUGCAAAACAGCGCUGUAUAACAUCAUGAAAGCUUGUUGCCAGUGGAAAGCGUCAGACCGUCCCUCAUUGGCUGAGCUUUCUCGCAGGCUUCAAUCAGGAGAGAAGCAUGGUGACGACAGGACGGUCCUUCGAGUGCCAGAGCCAAUCAACAUGAUCCAAUACCUGAGGGAGGCGGGCUUUCCCUUACCAUCUGAUUACUCCAUCCUCUGAGACCACAAACCCUGCCCAAACUCAGCCAUGAAAACCAACUGGACUGUCAACAAGGCCUACCCUUCUGUUACAGCAGAGUGCACAAAAGACUAAAGUGGCAGAAUGUAGUGCCAAGAGACAAUGGAAUUAUAUUGCAGUAAAAAAGAACAAAUUGGGCUGUCAACAAGGUGUUUAUUUUUUUCUUUCUGGUAAAGCAGGCUGAAGGCUAAACUACACUAGAAUAAAAGUUUCACCUUUCCCAGUAACUUUUUACAUUGCAAAAGAACCGCAAUUGACUACUCACUGCAUAUGAGUAUUUGUGUCCCUUGUGGAGAUAAUGUGAACAAAUAUUGACUCGAAUGUAAGAAAAACAAACACAGCACCUUGUCUGAUUUCUUUCAUAUAUUACGACAUUUUAUUUUUUAUUUUUUAUUUUUUUAUUAACGUUUUUCAAAAAAACAAAAAAACAAAAAAAACCCACCCCAAGUAAACAGCUCGAGUUUCAGUGUGAAACUGAACUCAUGAAAAUGCAGGGGAGAGACAGAGAGAGCUCAAUUCACUUUUCCGCUGGGAGAAAAAUGUAUCAAAAAACAAGGUGACAUUUCAUUUAAAGGAGUGCUAAACAUAUCCUCUUUAAAAUUAAAUGUCUGUCCUUUUAUUACCAAAUCAAUCUUGUAUUAGCACUGGCAACAUUAUCACUUGGAACAGACAGAUCUCAAAGACAAUGUGAUAGAUGCAAAGUUGCUGCUGCUUCCUGGUACACAAUCACUUCCCAAGUGUUGUAGUGAAAAGACACCAAUGGGCUCGCUGCAAUCAAGACAUGUGACCUACAGCUAAAAUACCAGGAUGCAGCAGUUUGCUAGAGAGCGUUGUUUUUGAAGGAUCUGCUUUUCCUGAAUUAACAGAAAAAAAAAAAAAAAAGAUUUUCAGCAUUAAUAGAAGGGGUGAA